UCUGCUAAUGAACGCAUAGAUCUUGGUUCCCUUUCAUUCCAUUGUCAGCUAAAAAUUAGUCGUCAUUUAUUUGAAAUUUCUUCGAAGAGUUGAGCCGUGACUACCUGUAACAUGUUUCAUACCUUAAUCUUGUUGUUAUCAUAUGUAUUGAAAUUGUAGUAAUGGAAUCAUCUGGAGCAGUUGCUGCGAAGUUCUGCUUGAAAAUCACACGCAGAGAUGUUUCUUCGAAUUCCCUGACUCUUCCAAAUGCUUUCUAUUCAAAAUACAGUAAUCGCCUAGUUGGGCAUGUAGAAUUGAACUUGCGCAGUGGUUAUGUACUACCCCUUCGAUUGGAUUACAAUACAGGGGUAUUAAAUGGGUUUUUAGUGUUUUUUAUGGAAUUGGAGUUGAAAGGGGGUGAAUUUAUGUUGUUUGAGUACUUUGGACGUUAUAACUUCAAUGUAUACCUUUUGGGUACAAACGGAACUGAAAUCGACUACCCUCAUACAGUUCACUACAUGCAGCGUCGAUUACCUCGAGCAGUGAAUGUUGCUUGUGGAGGCUGGAGGUUUGUAAAGCUGCAAACUGAGUUUGACAGUAAUCUAGAUGAGAUUACACCUACUCCGGCUUUCUUGGAACGGUGUGCAGUGCUUUUACCUGACCGUAUUACCUAUAUUAUCAGCAAUGGUAAGAAAUUCCAUGGUUCAUAUUGUCACAAUGCUGAAAGAUUCACAGGAUUGCGUAGCCUUUGUGAUAUAGUAGGUGUCGAUGAUCUAAGUGCAUUCCAUAUGAUGUUGUACGAAUACCAUUGGCAAUCUGUUAUAAAGAUAUCUGUGUUUGACAAAGAUCUCAAUGAAAUUGUAUUCUCUGGGACUCCUCUCUCUAAAGAUGCAAAUUCACAUUGUCCGUCCAUCGGUUCAUAUUUUGCAAUUACAAUUUCACCAAAGCAUAUGAAUGAAGAUUGUUACACUGUUGAUAUUCCUAAUGAGUUCAGCGACUUGGUUAACAUGUGGGACAAAUGACAAACUAUUUCUGUUUAUUCGGAAAAUAGACAUUGGAAGCUUCAGACACAUAAAAGAGAUGACUAUCACUGUAGAACGAUAGAAGAUGGAUGGCAAGCUUUCCGAGAUGGUAUGAAAGUGGAUGAAGGCGACCUCUGCAUAUUUGAAUGUCCAAUGGAUACUUUUGAUCAGUUCAGUGUCCGAGUAAUGAAACAUCCUGAUAUUGACUUCUAGAUCUUGUUUAAUGGAAAAGACAUUGGUACUUACUAUCUUUAUGAUACUUUGCUUUAGAACAAAUGGCAAUAUCUUAUUCCCAAACGCUCUUUCAUUCCCUAUUUUGGAAUCUUGGGACGACUAUUAUUUAUUGAUCUAAUCGAAUGAAGCGAAUGACUUCAUCAAUUUAUUGA